AUUCUACUUACAUAUGUACGUACCAAUUAUCAAUAGUUGUUUUUAUUUUCUUUUUUUUCUCAUCACUUUUACAAAAUAAAUUAAAUGGAACUGUUAAGAAAUUCACAAAAAAUUUGUUUAAAUUUAUACAAGUCAAACAGUUUUGUACCCUUAGCAAUUCAAUCUUGUAAUCAAUUUAUUCAAGUUCGAUAUAGGAGAACCAAACACUACGACCCGAAGUUUAAACUUCUUCGCAAAAAGAAAUUCGUUAAAGUUGAGUUGCCUAAUUUUCAGGAGAAAAAAGAUGACCUUACACCUGAAGAAAUUCGCAGCAGAUUAAAAGAAAGAGGAUUAUUACCUCCAAGGCCAUGGAUGGAACGUCCAUUUCAUAUUAGUUGUACAGGUGGAAUUUUCGAAGCGUACGUCCCACCUGAAGGUGAUGGUAAGAAAUCAAUAAUAUCAAGUGGAGGUGCAAAACAAAAAUUCGAGUUUCUGGAAAAAAAGUCAAAAAGUAUGCUGGCAAUUCGGAAAGUAAAAGGUUAUGAAGACGAUUUCGAUACAGAUCAGUUUGCCCAAAAUGCGCAAGACAUUUAUAUUAAAGCUCAUACACAUAUGGCUAAUAAAGAAAAAUACGCAUUGCGAGAGUAUAUAACUGAACGUGCCUACCCAGAAAUGAUGCAUAAUGUACGAGACAAAACAAUACAUUGGAAAUUUUUACAAUCACUAGAACCUCCAAGAGUAGUCCAUGCAAGAGUUACUGAUGUAAUUUCUAAAGAAAAUCUUUUCGCCCAAAUUACAGUUCGGUUUCACACCCAACAAUCGUUAGCCAUUUACGACCGUUUCGGCCGUUUAAUGCAUGGUAGUGAGAUUCUUGCUAAAGAUGUUUUAGAAUAUGUCGUUUUCGAAAAACACAUUUCCAACACUUACGGCAUAUGGAGAUUACAUGAUAAAAUUAUUCCAGAUUGGUUUCCACCUAAAGAACCUUCCCCAAUAACGUAUCGUGUGUACGACGAACCAGAAAAAGAUGUGGAAAAAAUUGAUAGUGGAGUUGAAGCUCAAAAUCAAAAAGAAUUAGAUGCCGGCAUAAAAGAAGAAAAACCUAAAGAAAUAGCAGCAGUGUAAAAAAAAAGUGAAUGUAAAUACAUACUUAUAAACAUUUUAUUAAAGAAUGUUGCGU